UUAAACCGGCGGACGCAGGGACCCGCAGGAGCGUCAGGCAAAGCAAUAGCGGCUGUCAGGAAGCUCAUGUUCAGACACACCUGAUUGUUCAUUUCAUAAACAGCAAACUAACAAAAUAGGUUUCUGGGAGGUCUGUAGUGGAAUGUGUAUGUUAUGCCGCCAUACAUUACUUCUGUGCGCGGUUUUAUUUGAAAUGGCUUAAUGGGGACGUCGCGCUCGAACAACGCCGUCAAAGUGCUAAGAUCCAGAACGCCUACUGACUGAGGAGACGAGACGCUUUGGCACCGAAGGGAAUAUUGAGUACGUGUUUUUUUCGAUCAACAGUAACUUACAUUGAAAAGUUGGUGAUGGAUUUCUUUGUUCGCAUCGGCUAAACAGGAUGAUGAUGCCUGGCAAAAUAAAGGCCAGCUCAGUUUUCAGCUGCACUGUAUAAUAACAAAUCGCUGGAAUGUGGAGUUACGAUCAAAGUCACGUGAACCAAAUAAACAUAUUCGACAACCACUACAAUUAGCACUUAGCAACCCUAGAGCGCAUUUACAUUUAAAAGUAGCAGUGUUGUUUAUCAAAAUGAAAAGUAACCACGAGGAACACAAUCCUGAGCCUGUGAAGUCGUUGGGGUAUAUAAACAAUAUGGACGAGACGGUGGAGGAUGACAUCUCGGAGAUUCCACAGCAUGCCGUGGUACCAAACGAAAACGGCGUUGUGAUGGUGAUCAACCACAGCAAAAUCCAUGCCCCUUUCAGCGUGGUGUGGGCGACUGUCCUCUACUGUGCUGAGUUUGUAUGUGCCUCGGUGCUGUCCAGCAUGUACCACACAAGCAACGACGUAAUAUGGAUGGGUCUGACAAUUACCUUUAUACUGGUGCCUUCUGUGCUCACUCAGCUGACCUUAACUUUUGUCCAUCGGGAUUUGGGGAGAGACCGUCCUCUUGUGCUCUUCAUGCACCUGCUCCAGAUGGGACCGAUCAUCAGGUGUGUAGAAGCUUUGGUAGUUUACUUCAAGGCAGGCAGAAAGGAGGAGCCAUACGUUACCAUCACGAGGAAGAUGAAGCUGAAAAAUGGCAGAGCCAUUGGCUCCCCCAUGGAAUGGGAAAUUGGACAUUCAGAGCGCAAGCUGGCUGUCCACCGUGAUGCCUUUAAACGCACAGCUGUCAUCCAGGCGUUCCUUGGUUCCACACCUCAGCUCACUCUCCAGCUGUACGCUGCCAUUCAAGAGAAGUACAUCCUUCCAGCUAGACUUGCUUUGAUGAUCAUUUCCCUGAUAUCAAUCACAUAUGGGGCGUUGGUGUGCAGCGUGUUGGCAAUCCAGAUCCGUUAUGAUGAAUACAAAGUGAUCAUGAAGCUUGGUGCGUAUUUGUGCAUGGUGCUGUGGCGUGGUUUGGAGAUCGCCACUCGUGUCACUUCCUUGGUACUCUUCAGCACAGCCCUAACCUACUGGGUGAUUCCGGUGGGUCUGGCCAACCUGCUCAUCUUCUUCUUCCAGCCGUGGGUGGAGUUCUGGGCACGGAGAGCCUCACUACCCGAGAAUGUAGAGAAGAAUCUGAGCAAGCUUGGCACAUGUGUGGUGCUAUGCUUGGUUACACUGCUCUACGCCUGCAUCAACGUCUUCUGCUGGUCAGCUGUGCAGUUGAACCUGGCCGAGCAGGAACUACUAGAGAAGCAGCCUCGCUGGAGCCGCCUGGCCAUAUACUAUACACUGCGCUUUAUUGAAAAUGUGGCACUCAUUGUUGCCUGGUACUUCUUUAAGUCAGAUUUCUAUGAGUAUGUGUGUGCACCGCUGCUUGCUGUGCAACUGAUUGUGUGUUAUGGCCUUGCUGUGCUCUUUAUGCUGCUUUUCUACCAGUUCUGCCACCCAGCACGCAAACUCUUUAAGCAUAAUGUGGAAGACUGCCUGCGUUGUGUUUGUUGCUGGAGAAAAGAGCACAUGCUGGUUCCACAGGUCCCACCAACCCCAGACCUCACAGUUCUGCAGGGGCUGCAAGAAACUGAUAUCUUAGAGGACAUGGAGGCAGCCUGACCUGCCCCUGUAAUUCAUUUGGUCGGAUUUAACCUCCCCCUAAGUUUAGCAUAUUUGCACGAAUCCUUGAUCAAGAACAUAAUGUGAACCUUGAUAAGGGCAGUGUGAGCUAUAAAGAAACUGCUGUAGUUCAUUUUAAGAACAAAUCUUGUGUAAUUCUACAAGUAUCCUGAGCAUGACUAUUUUGAAUUGCCUUGAAAUGAACAAAAAAGCCUUACUACUCUAAUUUUAGACUUCACUACUUUGGUGUGCAUUGGCAGGAAAUGAGAUUGUAGUGACCUGGGGUUUUUUUUGGCUGCUACAUACCAAAGAAUGUUGCAAAGAAUGAGAUGGUUCACAAAGACAGCCUUCACAAAAGGCUGAAAUGUCAAUACUUAGCCCAGAUAUGUUGGAAACAGGCCAAGUGUCUGACUCAAGGAAGGAGUUUACGUGAUCAGUUGGGGGCAUCCCCUGCUUUAUGUAAAAACACAAGCCAGCCAUUCAUUCCCCUUAAGUGCACUUUGAAACUUGCAUAUCACAUAGAUUAGCUGGGAGGCGUCCUGUAAAAAUCAUUUUCCCGUAAGUUGUGGAGGAAGGCAAACACUUUAGGUGUGAGCAUUUACCUCAGGUUUAAGUAGCUGUUGAUUUCCUGCAGAAGAAAACACAGAAAUAUGUCUGUUUGGAUGAAUGACAUUUUAAGUGCCGAAAAAAUAAGAGUGUCUUAACUUUGUAAAAACAUUUUUUUGCUUGUUUUGUGCCUGGUUUAUGUGCCUCUGCUGAUUGUAACUUGAAUAUAAUAUUAAUAAAG